AUGGCUCGCCGUCUUGUCCUUUCGUUCUUUCUCGCUUCGGCCUUGUAUUCGUCUGGAGUUCCUGCUGGACCUUGCCGGCCGAAACCUGUGUCCUCUUACGCUGUUUCGAGCGUUGCGACAAGUGAUGUCUCUACAGAUCUUACCGGCCUAACGUCUUCUAUUGAGAGUUUGACUGUCAUAGUCUCAGCAAGCGCUUCGACUGGUAUCUCAACUGACCGUGGGGAGACCGAUGCUGCUCAAACGACCGGUAGCUUGUCGCUGAGUCUACCCGACAGUCUUGUUACGACUGCGACUACCUAUGGAGAGACUACUACUGUGGCGACUGGCCUUGCUACAGAAACAUUCAGCUCUAUGACAGACUCUAACACGGUUUCUUCCUAUUCUGCGACCACUGGCCUUGGAGCCGACACCUCUAGCUUCACAUCCGGUUCUGUCGCGACGGAUUCUGCCAGUUACACAACCAGUGGUGCCACAGCAGAUGCCAACACUGACACCGCCAGCGACGACACAACCGAUGUCUCUAGCUUCAACACAGGUUCUGCCACCACAGUCGCGACUUACACGACCAGUGAUAUUACGACUGAUGUUUCUAGCCUCGCUACGGACUCUGCCACCACAGAUGCCUCAACCCACACCAUCAGCCAGUCCGAAACUGGCACCACCACUGGUCCUGCCACUACUACCUCAGCUGAUUACUGUAGCAACGCGGAGUGGCAGAACGAUGCCCUCAUCGCUUCCUUCGAGAAGACAAUGACAUAUGCGAUAGGUGUCUGUGCCACUGCUAUCGAACCCGUCACCACCGUUGCAGCCACAGGAUCACCAGAGACUACCGAGACUGAGAUCAUCGCCGUCACGGAGGAUCACGCCGACGAGACCAAGAUUGUCAUUGAUGCACCAUCCACCAACUUUGUCGCCGGACCUGACAGGACUGUCACCGCUGUCCGUCGCGACGGAAUUAUCGAGAUCAUCGAGCCAAAGACCAUCUACGACACCGUCGCCCGCACGACUAUUGAGCUCCCAACUGCUUACGAAACGGUAUAUACUACCAAUAUUGAGUACAUCGGCAGCACCAGCGUAGAUACAGUCUACGAUGUCGUCGAUACUCAAACGACAUUGAUGGUUACGGACACGACCGAGAUCACAGCCGCUACUUCUACAGAUGUGGUUACCGAGACUAUCACCAGUAUUGAGAGCAUUCCUACUACAUCUACCGAGUACGUAGUCACCGGCACAACCAUCAAGUUUGCUCCAGGAAUGACUAUCCACGUGACCAACUCUCGCACAUUCGUUGUUUACUUAGUCCCAUCUACCCGCACGCAUGUUUUGUACACGACCACCGAUUACCUCACUUCUGCUUGGACAACUGUCACUGUUCAGUCAACGGACACUGACUAUACCACUGUCCCUACGGAGACUGUCGAUGUUACUACCGCCACGAACACGGUGGACGAGACAAUUGUCACGAGCACUGACACUGACUUUGCUACGAGCAUUGUCACAACUAAUGAGUGGACCACAGAGACUUCCGUCUCUACUUCAACUAGCACCAAGCUUCUCCCUCCAAAGUAUACCCAGCACGAGUUCCCUUGGCUACAGAACAAGAAACGAGCCAUCGCCAGCGCUGCUCUCAAGGCUCGCGUCGCUCUGCCCGACAGCCUUGAAGAACAGUGGAUCAACGAAUUCGGCGAAUCUCAUUUCCAUAGUGCUUGCUCGUGUUUACUUCCCUUCUCUCUCCCCACGAGAACCGUCUACGCGUCUGCAGAACUUGAGACAAUCAUUGAGAAAUCCACCACUAUCGACAAGAUCUAUGGUGACACCGUCACGUUGACCAUUACCACGGCCGCAACCGUCACUACCCACAAGACCUUGACAGAGACGACUAUCGUAGAUGGAACCACUUCUAUCGAGACGCGCACCAUUCACAAGGAUGUCACCCAGACUGUCUUGUCCACACCCACAGCUCAAUCCCUCAUCACAAAGGUAGUGGUUAAUGAUGAUGUGAAGCAAGUCACUAAGGAAAUUGCUGUCAUUGACACAAUCACUCUGUAUGGUAUCGCUACUGGAUAUACGUGGAUGGAAGUUACCCGCACACAGGACAUCUACGAUCUUCGUAGCAAACUGUUCCCGGUUGUCCAGACCAUCGAUAUUGCCGAGACGUCUACCUCUACUCUCCCGACUACCACUGUUGAGACUACCGUAGAAGUAACUUCUACUGCGUUGUCUACUGCCGAUGAGACUAUCUACGACGCGUUUACCAGCAUCGUUCCCGUUGCUAUCACUGAUGUGAAGAAGUUCACAUAUACAAAGACUGUUUUCACUGAUGCGACAUCGGUCUACUCAAUUGAAGCUACCAACACUGUUGGUACUAUUGCGACAACUACGCUGACUACGUUCACCACUGUCGCCAAUGGAGUUACAUCCACAAUCACCACAAUCCUGUCCACCGACGUAACCGUCACAGCCCAAGCGAUCGCAACAGAGACAUGCGCCAUGCCCAUCAAGGACGGCGAUUUCGAGUACGAGCCUGGCACCAGCCCGUGGUACGCAUCCUACAAAUCCAAGUACGAUUGGAACAAGAUUUGGCUUGACGAUACCCAUGGCAAGGUGCUCCAGACGGCGAAGCUUUACAACAACACCAACUUCAUCUUGUGGCAGGACAUCAAGUCUUGCAAGGGUGUGACUUUCAGCUGCGACUAUCAAUUCUGGAUCGACAAGUACUACUACGUCAAGGGCGACAAGAAACCCGGUAAGGGUAAAAACGACAACAGCGACUCUGCAUACUACUGGUGGACGCCAUACGUCUGGACGUACUGGAACGAUAACCCUACCACAAUUGGGGAGCGGUGGCCCAGGAAUGCGGGCGAAACUGGAAGGUGGAUGAAUGCCAACAUCCAAUUCCAGACUACUGGCAAAGUUGACACUCUGUGGAUAUACUCUGCAAGUCCACAGUGGCCGUGGGAAGGCGACAACUUUCUCAUGCUGGAUAACUACAGGUGCAAACCGAUUGCGUUUAAAGGGCCGAAUGGACCUGUUGGGGGGUUCCGUACAUAG